AUGACUCGAACAUAUGAGGCUGCUAUUGCAUCUCUCAACUCACUGCAAACCAACUAUGCAAUUGUUGAGGCGUUCAAGAAGUCCAAAACGAGGCAAGAGAUGAAUGAGCUAUCCCUCCCGGAGACUGUGGACUGGCUGCGGCGCAUUGGAUACAAGCCUUCCGACCUAAAUCGGCUGAACGCAAUUCAUGUUGCCGGUACGAAAGGCAAGGGCUCGACCUCCGCAUUCAUUUCCACAAUCCUCUCCCAAUACACUCGGAAAGAUUCAGAUCAACCAGGAUCCAAACUUAAGAUCGGCCUUUACACCUCCCCGCAUCUCCGGUUUGCACGUGAACGCAUAAAGAUCAACAAUGCCCCACUGUCCGAAGAGCAGUUUGCGCGCUAUUUCUUCGAAGUAUGGGAUCGUCUUGAGCACUCUGCUAAGCUGGCCGGCCAGGAUCCCUCUGAACCUGGGACAAAGCCACAGUACUUUCGAUACUUGACCGUGAUGGCCUUCCAUACCUACCUGAGCGAGGGCGUGGACGCUGCGGUGAUCGAAUGUGGAAUCGGUGGUCAAUAUGACUGUACCAACGUGAUUCCACAGCCCAAGGUCACAGCGAUCAGUAGUCUUGGCAUUGACCAUGUUGAUUUGCUUGGACAUACAAUUGAGGAAAUCGCGUGGCACAAGGGUGGCAUUCUCAAGCGUGGCGUUAAUGGGUUCGCGGCACCCCAACCUGCGAGUGCGGAACAGGUUUUGGUCAAACGGGCCGAGGAGGCUGAAUCUCAGUUAGAAAUUGUGACUGGUCAUCCUGAGCUUCACCCCGAGAACAGCAAGAUUACCCUUGGGUUGGCUGGAGACUUCCAGUACACCAACGCCUCAGUGGCAGUGGCAGCCGCCGCGAAUUUCUUGCGCCAGAUCGAAAUCGAUGUUCCAGAAAAAAUUAUGAGAGCACCCCUACCGGCGAAGUUUAAGACCGGGCUCGAGGAGACUCGCCUAGGUGGCAGGUGUGAGACUCGCUUUGAGAAGAAUGUCUCCUGGUAUAUCGAUGGCGGGCACACUUUGGAGAGCAUUAGGCUUGCUGGCCAGUGGUUUGCUUCACGGAUCAAGGCCGACUCAUCGUCAGAAGAUGUAGCCGCCACGAAGACACGCAUUUUGAUUUUCAACCAACAGACUCGUAACAGCACAGCUCUUGCUCGUGCUCUCCAUGAGACCCUCGCCUCUGCCCUUGGCAACGACAACCCUUUCACUCACGCCCUAUUCUGCACGAACAUCACCUACAAAGAGGCGGGCUUCCGACCCGACUUGGUCAGUAUGAACACCAACGCUGACGACCUCGAACGUCUUCGAGUCCAAAAAUCUCUUGCGGUAGAGUGGAAUGCUAUUGACCCUCUCGCUCAAACACAUGUUUUUGGUACAAUUGAAGAGGCUGUUGAUUUUGCGCGUGAAGUUGCGGACCAGGAACGCAAGGUCCUGCACAAGGACGAAACUCCGGUUAUGACUUUUGUCACUGGCAGUAUCCAUUUGGUGGGAGGAUUCCUCGACGUGGUAGAGACAAAACCACCUAUCAAUGCGUGA